CCUUAUUAUCAGGUCCCCUGUAUUGUGUGCUUACGUUCCAAGCAGUAAAGAGCUCUGUUUCUCUCUCUACGUGUGAAAUCAACUAAAACCCUAAUACGUAGGCGCAGCAGCUGCUCCCAAAAUUUUCAAACCAAGCCCGUCCCCUCUUUCUUUCUUUUCUUUUUCCUCUGUCGUUCUCCAGAUGAUUUCUGCUUCGACAUGUCUCUGAUGGACUCCGAUGUUUCUUCACCAACCUCAGCUCCCCCGGAGCACCACCACCUCCGCCGCCGACGGAGCAGCACUCAUCAUCGCCACCCGGAGCUGGAGGAGUGUGGUCGCCGGAAAAACUACUGCCUCCGGUAAACUCUCUCUCUCUCUCUCUCUCUCUCUCUCUGUUUCUUUCUAUCGUCGUCGCCACUGCGCAUUUCUCGAUAUUCCCGCAACUAUCCAGGAACCUGAUUCUGGGUCUUUUUUUCGCCGGUCCCGAAGAGAUUAGUUUUCUUCUCCUCAAGCUGGUAGAUGGAUAGCUGUUUGCUUCUUUCCUUAUUUCUUAUAUCGGGUUGGAUUUAGCCGGAGAAAUCAGCCCCUUUUCGCGAUUGCUCUGCUUUCCUUAUUGUUUGAUUGAUGAUGGGGGCGAUGGUCUUGUCCAGUGUGGAAAUGGCGGCAUCGGUCUUAUCAUUGGGCGUUAAGUUCUGUACAGCGUUUUUUUCUUUCUUUUGGGUUGACCGUAUUUGCUGUUUUAGGGAGUGUCCGCUUUUGGGGCGAUUGUUGUUAUCGUAGGGUUAGUUGGUAUCAAAGACCUGGUUCUUAAAUUAAACGCGAGCAAAUUAAAAAAAAAAAUUUUAGACGAAGGAAAGGUGAUGAUAUAUGAUGUUGGACUAUUUGUCCCAGUUAAGGUCACCGGGAAAAAAUUGGUUUAUUUAGAAAUUAAUAUAAUAAAGAAACAAGUAAAUAAAUUUCCUAAAAAUUGUGAUUGAAAGAAAAAUAAUUUGUUUUCUAUGUUGAUUUGAAAAUAUUUUGUGGUUACAGUAAAAAAAAAAAAAUAUAUUGUGUGGGAUUAAAGGGAAACAUCAUUUAAUUUGAUGUAAUGUAUAAUUAUUUAUAUACAUAGAGGGUGAGAAAGGAUGCAAAUUUGGUUUGUGGGGUUGGUUAAGCUAUACAUUUCCUUACGGUGGACUUGUUCUGUGGAUAAUUGAAUUGACGUAAUGGAAUCCAUUGCGGCUGUAGAGAAUAUCAAAGUCACAUUUGGGCUCCCCUAUGGUUUUCCAGAAACUAGGAAAUGUUGAAGCUAUUUAAUUAAAGCAUUCUUUUUUGAAUUUCUCCCUUUGUGUACUCGGAGUAGCUUUUGUUAUUGAUGAGUGUAUUGAUUAUGGCGACCAUUUCUAAACCAAAUGAAGUUGUUUGCAUGGUGUUUCAGGGGGUUGUUUAACAGUGGAAAGGAAUUCCAUCUUAUUCUGGUUCUCUUGUGCUCCUUCUUGUGCCUGGUAAGGUGUGAACCAUGUCCCGUGAAUGCUAUCGAGAAAACUGGACAUGUCGGUUGUGGUUCCUAUGGGGAUGAAGACACUAGUGUUGCUGAUGCUGGAUCAUAUUUUGAUACCGUAAGUUCAAGGGGAAGCAUGAAGUCUGACUACAUUUGCACCAAUGCUCAUUCCUUCUGCUUUCUGUCAACAUUGCCUGGCUAUGUAGAGGAGGAACACAAGGUUAGAGAAGAAAAUUUAGAACUGUCUAGCUAUCAGUCAGAUUGUCCAGUAUCCUUAGAUUUGACUCAGCGUAGUAGUUUAACAGGCAACAAGAGCUGGGUACCAGACUCUGGCACGUUUGAGUUAAUGAAUGGUUGGACAGUUAUUUGUUCCUCGAAUUCGGAAGAAGGCUUCCAUGGACCUUUAUCCCUUGUCAUUCAGAAAGAUUCUUCUUCUUGUGGAAAAUCUGUGGAAGGUUCUGAGUUUAGGCUGAGCAAGGACUCUGAGAUGGCUAAGUCUAGCCCUGGUUGUAUUUAUCCCUCACCCCAUGUAGAAGUAAGUCCUUCCAUUCUAGAUUGUGGUAGGAAGUAUUUAUAUCUCCCUUCAGUAGUUUUCUUGACAAUGACAAAUACUUGUAAUGACAGCAUUUUACAUGUCUAUGAACCACACACUACCAACAUGCAGUUCUAUCCCUGCAAUUUUAGUGAGGUUAAGCUAGGACCGGGUGAGGUAGCUUCUCUAUGUUUUGUCUUUUUACCUAGAUGGUUGGGGUUGUCCUCAGCUCACCUGAUCUUGCAGACAAGUAUGGGUGGUUUCGUGAUCCAGGCUAAAGGUUAUGGAUUGGCUUCCCCUUAUGCCAUCAGUCCUUUGAUGGGCAUUGAUAUUCCUUCUAGUGGAGAGUUGAGGAAGAAUUUGUCUUUAUUCAAUCCUUUCAGUGAUACCAUCCUGGUGAAGGAAUUAAGUGCAUCAGUGUCACUUUCAUUGGGUAAUGUCUCACAUCAGUCUGAAGCCACCUGUUCGGUAGGAAAUUUCAAGCCAUCUGAGAAGCUUAGCACACUGAGUGCUAAUGCCUGGGUAAGUGUUACAAAUGGCCACUCUAGCUUGCCACUGCUGUCAUUAAGGCCUCAUGACAACUGGGAGGUUGCUCCCAACAAGAGGGAAACAAUUGUAGAGAUAGGCUUGUCAUUUGGAUCUGAGGGAAGAAUUUUUGGUGCAUUUUGUUUGCAUUUGCUAAGGCCUUCACAGAAUGAGUCGGAAACAGUUAUUGUUCCUUUUGAAGCUUCUCUGAAUGGAGACAGGGCUCAUGAUAAUAUCAGUGAGUUGGUUACAGUUUCGCUUGAGGCUCUGCCUUGUUAUUCCUGCAAGACUCCUGUGGUUGCCAUUUCUCUUCACAACAGAGCUUCUCAUAUUCUGGGUGUUGUCAAGAUUAGUGAAGCAGGGUCCAGAAGUUUCCCGAUCAAGUAUGCGGAAGGCUUGCUUCUUUUUCCUGGUAGUGUGACUCAAGUAGCUGUGGUUGGCUGUCCCCAGCAGCAAUAUGCAUCAAGUGACUCAAAACCCGACGAUAGUAAACUAAUUAUUCUGACAAAUGAAUCAAGUACUCCAAUUGAAGUCCCUACCCAGGAUAUCAUCUACAUGUGUUACAGACAUCAAAAUGAUUCAUCCAUUGAAUAUGAUAAUGAGUUUGUCAGAGCUGAUUCUAGCAACCUAGGAUCGGGGCCAUUGGAAGCUGGGAUGGAAGGGUACUCAGAAAGAAAGGUGUGCUGAUUCUUGUUUACCUUUUUCUGAUUGAUAUAUUUGGUGCUCCAACAUUUUCUGCUGGAUUUUUGUGUCUUGUUACAUAUGCUUAUUCUAUUUCAGUAGUUUGAAUGUGAAAAUCCUUUUAUUCCUGGUUUUUUAAUGGUUUAUGAUGCCGUCUCUGGAGGAGUGCCAUUUAGCGGUUGUUGGUUUGACUAUCUGAUAAGUUAUCCCACAUCAGGCACAUUGAUCCUCGCAUGCAAUUUUAGGGAGUUACUAGUACUAUUUUGUCUCAAUUGGUUUCUUGGUUCUCAUGAUCUUGUCCGGCUUGCCAAUAUAAGGUUGACUAUUAAGUGCAUACUGCAUAGGUUUCUUUCUGUUUCUACAGCCAUAUGCAGUCUCAUGUAUAAUUGCAUAUGAUUUUCUUUUUGUAGUUAGACAAGCUCAUUGAAUGCGUCUCAGUUUCCUUUCUCAUGUGCUUGUCUUUCUUUCUUUUUAGUUAUUAAUUAACGAGUUUAAAUACA